CUACGCGUUGCGCUAGCUCUCCGUCGCGACGUUCCGCGAAUACCAUCUCCGAGAGUCCCUCACUCACUCGUGUGCGAGUCUGACGAUCGGCGAAAAAUUCGAAAGCCCCGCCGUAACGCGCCGUUCAAACAUCGAUGAUUCGCGUCGAUUUAAAAUAUUAUUUAUUUGUCUAUAAUAUUGUUUUUUAAUCUCCUCCUCGCUGUAAUUCUCGUCGUCGUCGUCGUCAUGGUCGUCGUUUUUAUCGAUUCUUCCGGUUCCCGAGGAAUCUCGUCUCUCUCUCGUGCCGAAAAUUAAAAAAAAUCGUACAUCUAAUUAAAAAAUAUAAUCCGCCGCCGGUUUCCAGCGACCGACAUCGAUCGGACUCUAUUGGAAUUAUUAUUAUUAUCGCACACUGGAACACGGUCGACCUGCAACUACUGCUCGCGAGCACCGCACACACGCUAUAAUACAGAUACGAGUCCGAAGUUUUCACUUGUAUCCGACUAUUGACUAUCGAGUUCGGGACGAAAUUUGUUGUUUAAAUAUUUUUUUCCCCGAGAUUUUUCAAUAACAAUUUCGCUGUGAAAGUUUCGAUUUUGUGCGCUUCCGCGAGGAGUGUUUCCGCAGCCCCUAUACUGGUCAGUCGACGUUUGAAAAUGUGUCCGGCAAGAAUCGUUGCCAAUUUUAAGGUUGCUGUGACCACGUGACAAACACAAGAUGCGUCACACCGAAGUGGUGGGUUUAUGGCGUCCGACGGACGCGCCGCCGGGAGGAAAGACUCGUGUGUCCCGAGCCACCGACCAAGGGGCGUCGCACACGUCGCACGCCCACAAGUUUGUCAUCAAGUCCACGGCCAUGAUCCGUCAGUCGAGUCUCACCAGGUUCAUCGUCAACAAGAAGAACAACACAGGAAACGGUGAGAUACAAUGGUGUUUCUCACAAGUUAAAGGCACGUUGGAAGAUGAUGUUACCGAAGCCGAUUUAAUUUCCUGUGUGGAGUUUAACCACGAUGGAGAAUUAUUGGCUACCGGUGACAAAGGCGGUCGAGUAGUAAUAUUUCAACGGGAUCCAAUGAGUAAAACGUGUAUUCCAAGACGAGGGGACUACACUGUAUACAGUACGUUCCAAAGUCAUGAACCUGAAUUUGAUUAUCUUAAAAGUUUAGAAAUAGAAGAAAAAAUUAAUAAAAUUAGGUGGCUCAGACGUAAAAAUCAAGCUCAUUUUCUAUUGUCUACUAAUGACAAAACCAUUAAAUUGUGGAAAGUGUCUGAAAAAGAUAAGAAAAUUGAAGGAUAUAAUACUAAAGAAGACAGUGGCAUCAUGAGGGAUCCAAUGAAUAUUACUUCCUUGAGGGUGCCAGUGUUGAAGUCAAUGGAACUAAUGGUUGAAGCUUCUCCAAGAAGAGUAUUCGCCAAUGCUCAUACUUACCAUAUUAACUCAAUCAGUGUAAAUUCUGAUCAAGAAACCUAUCUAUCAGCUGAUGACCUAAGAAUAAAUUUAUGGAAUUUAGAAAUCACUGAUCAAAGUUUCAAUAUUGUUGAUAUUAAACCGACUAACAUGGAAGAGCUCACAGAAGUCAUAACAGCAGCUGAAUUUCAUCCGCUAGAAUGCAACUUAUUUGUAUACAGUAGUAGCAAGGGUACAAUUCGUCUAUGUGAUAUGCGAUCUUCAGCAUUAUGUGAUAAACAUGCCAAAUUGUUUGAAGAACAAGAUGAUCCAACAACGAGAAGUUUCUUUUCUGAAAUCAUAUCUAGUAUAUCUGACGUGAAAAUAUCCAAUUCUGGCCGCUACAUGAUGUCUAGAGAUUAUAUGACUAUCAAGGUUUGGGAUUUACAUAUGGAAACUAAACCAAUUGAAACAUAUCCCGUGCACGAGUACUUGCGGCCUAAACUAUGUUCAUUGUAUGAAAAUGAUUGUAUUUUCGAUAAAUUUGAAUGCUGCUGGUCGGGCACUGAUCAAUAUAUUAUGACUGGUGCUUACAAUAAUUUCUUCCGAAUGUUUGAUCGGGCAGCUAAACGAGAUGUCACAUUAGAAGCUUCUAAAGAAAUUGCUAAGCCUAAGACAGUAUUGAAACCUAGAAAAGUGUGUAUAGGAAAUAAACGUAAAAAAGACGAGAUUAGCGUCGAUUGUUUAGACUUUAAUAAGAAAAUUCUUCACACUGCAUGGCAUCCAAAUGAAAAUAUUGUUGCUGUUGCGGCCACCAAUAACUUGUAUUUGUUCCAAGAUAAAUUGUAGCCUUAGCUCUGACUACCGCUUUCAUCGUCUUUAAAUGUCUUGACAGGAUGGGAUUCUGAUUGCGGAUUAACAAAAUGUAUAAGAAAAUACACACAGCGUUGAGCCUCUAUGACAGAGGAUAAGAUUCUGGUAUCUUAUUUUACUCAACAAUAUAUAUUGUACAAAAAAAAUGUCUCCCUCAGAAUCCCCUUUUUGGAUAAUACUACUCGGCUCGUUUUAUACACAUUUUUUUUUUUUAAUUUCCCUUACCAAAAUUUAUUUCUAUUAGUUUACAGUUCUCUAACGAGAAAUUACCUUCUUUUUAUAUAUAUUUAAUAAUUAUAAAUUAACAUAAAUUUUUUUUAGAGUAAAAAAUUACUUCUGUAUAACUUUUCUACAAGGAAUAUUUAAUUAUUUUUAGUGGCGAGCCAAAUAUUCAAUUUAAUUAUCAAAAAAAAAAUUGUAACAGUGAUGCGUAGAUUAUGCGAUCAUUUAUAUAUUUAUUUAUUUUUGUGUACUGUACAUACCGAUGUUUUUUAUGAUAAUAGUUAAUGUGUAAGGUUACAAAAAACUCGCGAAGAGUGAAGGUCAAACACUAAUGAAAAAUCAAAGAAAAUAUAUUUUCAAUUGUUUUGUUUCUUGUUUGGUCUUCGCCAAACACCAUGAUGGACGGAUAUAAAUUUGUUGAAAAUCAAAUUAAAUUUAAUACACGUAAAACUAAUUAUUAAAAAAAUGUGUACAAUAACCUAAAAAGAUGAUAAAAAGAAGCCUCGCAUCUGUUUUUGACGGGUGAUUACGGCUAUUGUUGUUUUCUCUUUUUAUUUUUACAAAUGCUAAAAUUAUUUUUACGCCCGUGAAUUUUAUUUUCUGUACCUAUUUAUUGAUAAUAAUAAUAAUAAGUAUUAAUUGACUCGAAUUAGAUUAUUAUAUUUAUUAUUCACAUUCUGAUAUAUAUUAUUAUUAUUAUUGAUAUUAAUAUUAUUUGAAUAUGUGCGCACAUACAGCAUCUUCAUACCUGAGAUCUAUGUUAAACUUGAAUAAUUAUUAAUUGUAACAACUAUAUGGUUUAUUAAAAAUAGGGUAGUCACUGUUUUUUCAUCAAUUCAGUUGGCAUGAAAAAUACAAAAUUUAUUAUUUAAAUACAAUCUGGAGAUAAAAAUCAA